CUUUAUUUGGGCCGAUUGGUUUCGCGAGGCCCAUACCCAAGAAAGCCCAAUAUCUGUUGCCGUGAUAUCCCUCCCUCCGCUGUUGGAAUCAUCAGAACAGAAAUGGCUGCCACAGCAACAGCUGAAGCCGGAUCCCAAUGGCCAUUCAGCUGUGACCUAGAAGUGGAUUUUGGACAUGAACAACAUGCUGCUAUCGUAUGCGCAGCCUUAGCUGUUGAUAAGGAGUUGCAACCAGACAAGGUGAAACGACUCAUGACAGUGUCUCAUGGAAAGCUUUCAGCGCACUUUGAGGCAACAGAAGCAAGAUUUCUUCGAGCAUCUUUUAGUGCUUUUGUAGAUGUCCUUACACUGGCCACAAAAACAAUCGAAGAAUUUGGUCAAGAAAUGGAGUUGUGACAUUCACUUAUUCUUAUAGAAUGUAUUGCUACUCCAACCAUUAUAUAUAAUCCUAUUAGGCUUUCUCAUAGUA